AUGCAGGAAUAUGAUAUUAUAGUGCUUGGAACUGGACUUAAGGAAUGCAUCCUCUCUGGUUUAAUGUCUCUAAAUGGGAAAAAGGUUCUUCACAUUGACAAAAAUCCCUUCUAUGGAGGAGAGAGCGCAUCCAUUUCUCCCCUUCAGGAGCUGUAUAAGAAGUUCAAGGUUUCAGGUCCUGCUAAAUCUAUGGGCCGUGGGAAAGAGUGGAACGUUGACCUCAUCCCCAAAUUUUUUCUUACCAAUGGUGAGUUGGUGAAGAUCUUGGUGCACACUGAUGUUACUCGCUAUCUGGACUUCAGAGUUGUUGAUGGCAGCUUUGUUUACAAAGCGGGGAAAGUGCACAAAGUCCCCGCCACAGAGGAAGAUGCCCAAGCUUCAGAUCUGAUGGGCAUGUUUGACAAGAGAAGGUUCAGGAAGCUGCUGCUCUUCGCCCUGAACUUUGACGUGAGAAACCCUCGGACCUACCAGGAGGUGGACCCUAACAAAACGACCACACGGGACCUUUUCUGCCGCUUUGACCUGGGAUUAGAUGUUAUGGAGUUCACAGGUCAUGCCAUAGCCUUACACGGCAGUGACAGUUACCUGGACCAGCCCUGUUUGGAAACCAUCAGACGGAUCAGGCUGUACUCUGAGUCUUUGUCCCGCCACAACACCAGUCCAUACCUCUACCCUGUGUACGGGCUGGGAGAAUUACCACAGGGAUUUGCGAGACUGAGUGCCGAGUACGGAGGAACUUUCCUGUUGAACAAAACAGUGGAGGAGAUUGUGAUGGAGAACGGCAAAGUAAAAGCUGUGAAAUCUGAGGGGAAGCUGUUCCACUGUAAACAGCUAAUCUGUGACCCCAGCUAUGUUCCCAAUCGAGUGAGGAAAGUGGGGCGUGCCGUAAGGGUCAUCUGUUUAUUAAAUCAUCCAGUUAAAAACACCCACGAGGCCAGCUCCUGUCAAAUCGUCAUCCCUCAAGCUCAACUCAACAGGAAAUCAGACAUUUACAUAUCUGUAGCGUCCUAUGCCCACAAUGUGGCCUCAGAUGGGAUGUACAUCGCCACAGUCAGCACGACGGCAGAAACCAGUAACCCAGAGAAGGAGGUGCAGCCUGGGCUGGAGCUUCUUGAGCCUAUCAUGCAAAAAUUCGUUUCAGUCAGCAACCUGUUCGUUCCCAACGAAGAUGGAAAAAAGAGUCAGAUAUUUGUGUCACGCUCAUGUGAUGCAACAAACCACUGUGAGAGUGAAUGUGAAGACAUCAAAGACCUGUACCGCCGGAUCACAGGAGCAGAGCUCUGCUUCGGAGGGUCGCAGAGACACCAGUCUCACAACUCUGAUGACGACUGACUUUCAACAUCAGGACCAAACAGCUGGGCAGAGUGUGUUAGGUAACAUGUAGACUGGACAGUGAGUGUACUAUGUAAAUGUUGGAUAUCUUUCUUUCCCUCGAAUUUGUUUGGUAU